AUGGCUUUAAACUGGAAAAUGAAAGAAACACCACUUGCCAAUGCUGCAUUUUGGGCUGCAAGGAAAGGAAACCUGGCUCUCCUCCAGCUGCUGCUGAACAGUGGGCGAGUAGAUGUGGACUGCAAAGACAGUCUGGGCACCACAGCUCUGAUGGUAGCAUCUUACUAUGGCCACAUAGAUUGUGCACGGGAAUUGGUGUUGCAAGGAGCAGAUAUCAAUCUGCAGAGAGAGUCAGGUGCGACUUCUCUGUUCUUUGCUGCACAGCAAGGCCACAAUGAUAUAGUGAAGUUUCUCUUUGAAUUUGGAGCCUCCACUGAAUUUAAGACUAAAGAAGGAGGUACUGCUCUUCUAGCUGCUUCUCAGUACGGGCAUGCAAAAGUAGUGGAAACACUGUUGAAGCACGGUGCCAACAUUCAUGAUCAACUUUAUGAUGGAGCUUCUGCAAUUUUCCUGGCGGCACAGGGAGGCUACUUGGACGUCAUCCGAUUGCUGCUUUCCUCAGGAGCAAAGGUUAACCAGCCACGGCAGGAUGGGACGGCUCCCUUGUGGAUCGCGUCGCAGAUGGGUCACAGCGAGGUGGUGCGGGUGAUGCUGCUGCGGGGAGCUGAGCGGGACGCCGCGCGGGGCGACGGUACAACUGCUUUACUGAAGGCUGCCAUUAAAGGGUACAACAAUGUGAUAGAAGAGUUGCUGAAAUUCUCUCCCACACUUGGCCUGCUGAAGAACGGGACCUCUGCUCUCCACGCAGCCGUCCUGAGUGGCAAUGCAAGGACAGUGGCACUGCUGCUUGAAGCAGGAGCAGACCCCUGCCUGAGGAACAAGGCAAAUGAACUGCCAGCAGAACUAACACAAAACGAACGCAUCCUCCGACUCCUCCGCAUGAAGGAAAAGCAAAGGAAAAGCUAA